AUGCUACGAAGAAGCGAAAACUUGGAGACGCAAUCCCGAGGAGCGGGUAUUAGUCGAAUAUUCCCCUUGGGUUUGGCGGUGUUACUGCACAGAAUUCAGGAAUCAGCGCGAUGGAUACUCAACCGGCCCGUCAAGCCCGGGUUCCGUCGGAUAGAAUGGAACUGCGAUUGUGGGAGGCGGCUGUAUGCUGACUUUAAGGAUGAUGAUCCAGCCGCCUUAGAACAUCUCGAAAAAGCCCUGCAGGGGCUGACAUCUUCACCAGACUCGCACGACCGUUCAACAUCGACCAGCGUACCUCAUGCAGAUCGAGGGUCGAGUCGCAAUCAGGACAAGUCAACGUCGCAAGCCUCAUCAAGAUUGAUGCCUUCUCUCGCUUCUGAGGACGCUGGGCCUCCGCGUGCUGCACUCAAUCUCCGCGUAGAUCAAUCUCAAACUGAGGGACUUGCUAGCUCAAAAUACUUAGCCACAUGCGUUUCCACGGGCGGCAUCUACAAGGUUUUGACCGAGAUCGAUGUGUCAAAGAUCAAAUCAGACGCCGAAUUCUUCCUAGCAAUCAAAACCAUCUAUCAGGAUAAUCAAAAAUUAAGGAAACGCUGGAGGAUAUUUUUCAAGCCUAUCACUGUUGAAUUCGUACAGUUUACCGUUUGGAAUCUUCGACAAGGAUACGUUUCAAUAUGUGGCCGACCAGAGUGUAUCCCGCCGGUGCAAGAUGUUGAUUACGAGUUUUCACCAAGACCAAUGGCGCCACUUCCGCCUGUGCCACCGGAAAUAUUCAUACACUACCUCAAACACGACUACCACGACGCUAACCCCAGCAGUUAUGUAUGGGUCCCGCGAUUACCGAAACGGAUCAAUAAGCGCAUCAUCGAUUGCAAUAUUCCUUCCUACGGCUGGGGUGUCUACAUCAGAGAAGGACUAAAUGGUGUUUUACUUUUCUGGAUGAUCAUCAUUAUCUCCUUUUGUAGUGUUUUGUUGUGUAUCUUCUGGUCAUUGUUCAUGGGAGAUGUACAAGGAGGGUCCGGGCUUGGAGCCUUACUUCUUGCGCUACCUCCAAUAAUCAUAGGUGCAAUCAUUUUCAGAAUUGGGGAGAUGAAUUAG